GAAAAAACGAUCUGGUUUGUUAAGGAACCAGAGUUUGGUGAUGAACCGUUUGAUCUGAGAGAUGAUAUGGAGUAUAAAGGUCGAGUGACGUACAUACAGAACAACCAGAACAAAUGCGGUCUGAGAAUCGAUGACCUGAGAGAAAGCGACGCUGGAACAUACAAGUUCAGAUUCUAUACUCAAGAUCCUACUGGCAAAUACACUGGUGAACCUGGAGUCACUCUGUCAGUCACAGAUCUGAAGGUUACCGAAUCAAACAACCGUCUGACGUGUACCAGCACCUGCACGCUGCUGAACCCUACAUACAUCUGGUACAGGAAUGGACAGACUGUUGUUACAAGUUAUAGAAAUCAACUCAAUCUGUAUAACAGAGAUGCAGGAAGCUACUCCUGCGCCAUAAGAAAACAUGAGAACCUCCGCUCUACUGCUCUCUGUGUUUGGAGUUCAAACUGCUGGACUGUGUCUUUCCUCUACCAGACUAUGUGUGCUCUGGUUGGAUCUUCAGUGGACAUAAAUGGCUAUUAUACCUUCCCUGAUCGGCAGUACAAUCCCCGGCUUGACUGGUACAAACAAGAUGACAAACUAAGUCCUGCUAACGGUCGAGUGGAAUUUUUAUAUGUCAGAAAUAACCAGAGCACACUUAGACUGAAUAACGUUACAGUGAGUGACUCAGCAAGAUAUAAGCUUACUGUAACUGCCUGGAACAGCAAAGCUAGCUCUUUUCAUAGUGUCUCUCUCUCUGUCACAGACCUGAGUGUGACCAUUCCAAGGACACCAUCACACGCACAAAAAAUAACACUGCGCUGUACUUCCUCCUGCAAUCUACACAACAAGCCCACCUACAUCUGGUACCAGAACGGACGGCAUGUGACUGGGUGUGAAUCUGCCUUCUGCACUGUAGCUGCAGCGAAUGGUGCCGUCAGUUACAGCUGUGCUGUUAAAGGCCAUGAGAAUCUCCUUUCUGCUCCAGUGUAUACUGCUAAAAACACCAGUGCAGCCGUUCUACCCUCGAAUGUGACCGUGGAGGGGAAAUCAGUGACUCUGACCUGCAGCAGUUUGGGGGCAAACCCUCCCAUUGUCAAAUACUUUUGGUUUAAGCAGGAAGCAAAUGCAAACAGAGAGGUCGCAAACAGUCAGAAAUACAGCAUCGCCAACGUCAGCUCCGGGCACAGAGGUUUCUACUACUGCAGCGCUCACAACCAGCUGGGACAGCAGAUCUCUACACCCACACAUCUGGACGUGCUCUACUCUCCCCAAAACACCAGUGCAGUGGUCAUUUCCUCUAAAGAGACAGCAGAGGGGAGUUCAGUGACUCUGAUCUGCAGCAGCCAGGCAAACCCUCCAGUUCUCACCUACCGCUGGUUCAAGCAGGAAGCAAACACAGACGUGCAGCUAAAUACGGAUCAGAAUUACACCAUCACCAACAUCAGCUCCCAGCACAGCGGCUUCUACUACUGCAGCGCUCACAACCAGCAGGGACAGCAGAACUCUACACCCACACAUCUGGACGUGCUCUAUGCUCCCAGAAUCCCGUUACUGACCACAUUCCGGUCUGCAUCUGGCAACUCAAUCACUAUGCACUGUCAAAGUGAUGCCAACCCCACCAGCUCUUAUUCUUGGUACAGGAAAACAGGAGGAGAUGUAAUACAUAUCGGAAAUGGCACAAAUGUAACUUUAGAUGCAGGAGACGCUGGAGUCUACUACUGUACAGCAAGAAAUCAGUUAGGAUCCUUGGACACAUCAGAAUGGUCAGCUCGGAAAGAUAACCAUGCUAAGACAUACACUGCUUUGGGAUGCACCAUGCUUAUUCUACUGAUCAUCUUUGCUGCUGUUCUGUGGACAAGGAGAAGCACAAUCUGUGCAGCAGCAACAGCAGCAACAGCAGCAACAGCUGAAAGUAGCAAUACUACAAGUAAAAACAACAGUAGUACGGAUCAUGCUGCCGUGUAUGCUAACAUCUCAGACAUGAACUCUAACACAGACGAUCAGGCUGAGAUUCUCUACUCGAGUGUUCGUUUCACACGUAAUCAACCUCAGAACCGGCCUCUCUACUCCACCCUGCAAAUGCCAAAUGUUCUUGAACAAGAAGGGGAAGUACAGUACGCUGUAGUGAGCCUCACUCAACCAAGAGCUGCUCAGUCUGAUGCAAUCUACAGCACAGCCCAAAGAACCUGAACAUCGACCUCCAACCUCUCCAGUGUCCUAUCUGUAUUAUACUGAGUAAAGUGACAAGUUCUCUCACAAAUAGUUUAAAUAAAAUAACAGGUUCAUUUUACAGGAUCUGGCAUUUAACACUUAGCUUAACUUCUUUAAUAAUUAAGUUAUACUGUGUAAAACGAUUGCAAAAUGAGAUUAUUAGAUUAUAUAAAGUCUCUGCUGUAGAA